AUGGUGCGUGCAGCAGGGCAGCAGGGCGCGCGGGGCGCGCAAGGCUGCAGUGCGCGCAGGGCGCGCAGGGCAGCAGGACAGCAGGGCGCGCGGGGCGCAGCAGGGCCGCAGGGCGGCAGGGCGCGCAGGGCGCGCAGGGCUGCAGUGCGCGCAGGGCGCGCAGGGCAGCAGGACAACAGGGCGCGCAGGGCUGCAGGGCGCGCGGGGCGCACAGGGCAGCAGGGCGCGCGGGCCCAGCAGGGCUGCAGGGCGCGCACGGCAGCAGCAAGGGCUGUAGCGGCAACAGCAAGGGCUGUAGCGGCAGCAGCAGGGCAGCAGGGCGCGCGGGGCGCAGCAGGGCUGCAGGGCGCGCGGGGCGCGCAGGGCAGCAGCAAGGGCUGUAGCGGCAACAGCAAGGGCUGUAGCGGCAGCAGCAGGGCAGCAGGGCGCACAGGGCUGCAUGGCAGCAGGGCGCACAGGGCUGCAGGGCAGCAGGGCAGCAGGGCAGCAGGGCGCGCGGGGCGCGCAGGGCAGCAGGACAGCAGGGCGCGCAGGGCUGCAGGGCGCACGGGGCGCAGCAAGGCUGCAGGGCGCGCGGGGCGCGCAGGGCUGCAGGGCGCGCAGGGCAGCAGGACAGCAGGGCGCGCAGGGCGCGCAGGGCUGCAGGGCGCACGGGGCGCAGCAGGGCUGCAGGGCACGCGGGGCGCGCAGGGCAGCAGCAAGGGCUCAGCAAGGGCUGUAGCGGCAACAGCAAGGGCUGUAGCGGCAGCAGCAGGGCAGCAGGGCGCACAGGGCUGCAUGGCAGCAGGGCGCACAGGGCUGCAGGGCAGCAGGGCAGCAGGGCGCGCGGGGCGCGCAGGGCUGCAGUGCGCUCAGGGCGCGCAGGGCAGCAGGACAGCAGGGCGCGCAGGGCUGCAGGGCGCACGGGGCGCAGCAGGGCUGCAGGGCGCGCGGGGCGCGCAGGGCUGCAGGGCGCGCAGUGCGCGCAGGGCAGCAGGACAGCAGGGCGUGCAGGGCGCGCAGGGCGCGCAGGGCUGCAGGGCGCACGGGGCGCAGCAGGGCUGCAGGGCGCGCGGGGCGCGCAGGGCAGCAGCAAGGGCUGUAGCGGCAACAGCAAGGGCUGUAGCGGCAGCAGCAGGGCAGCAGGGCGCACAGGGCUGCAGAUCCCCUCCCCCCCACUGCUGCACCCGCAGCAGGGGGAUGGAGGAGAAGUGUGGGGGGGGGGGGGGAGGGGCUGAUGCUGCAAAUCCCCUCCCCCAACUGCUGCUGCAGAUCCCCUCCCCCCCACUGCUGCACCCACAGCAGGGGUGGAGGAGAAAGGGGGGGGGGGGGGGGGGGGCGGGGGGGGCUGGUGCUGCAGAUCCCCUCCUGCCUCCCCCUGAACCUCCAAGCUCCCCCCCCUCCCAACACAGGAUCCCCUCCCCCCCACUGCUGCACCCGCAGCAGGGGUGGAGGAGAAAAGGGGGGGGGGCGGGGGGGUGGGGGCUGGUGCUGCAGAUCCCCUCCUGCCUCCUGCAGGUCCCCUCCCCCAACUGCCGCAUCCGCAGCAGGGGGAUGGCAGAUCGCUUCCCCCCCACUGCUGCACCCACAGCAGGGGGAGGUAGGAGAAGGGGCGGUGCAAGAGCCGCUCGGGCGACAGCAGGGCACCGGGGCCGCGGGUAG